UUGAAUUUAAAAUCUUCGAUAGAAGGAAUGAAAAUUAUACUUGGUAUUUGCGUGAUUUUCAAAGCAAUCAACAUUUCGUUCUGCCUUACCAAGAGGUUAAUUAUUCGAGACACCUUAUCGCCGGCGUUUCUUCAAAAUGUCGAUUAAUUUGUCUAUGAAUUCCCUCGACACUGAAGUCCUGGCUUCGCAGCUUUCCAAUCGAUCAAAAUCUACAGCGGCGGUGGAAACAACUUUUUGCGUUGUUUUGAAUAUUCUUGCGUUGUUCCUUAACACGAUCCUGUGUUGGGCCGUUUACAACAACGAACGCCUUCGUCGAAUCACCAAUAUCUACGUGCUAGCUUUAGCAGCCACAGACCUUCUCAUGGCUAUUCUGGUGAUGCCUUUUCUCUGCGAUGUUUCCGUCAACGGGGGUUGGACAUUGAAUUGGUUUGCAUGCCAGUUUCAAGGUUAUUGGUGUGCCGUGUUGGCCUACACUGCUCAACUUUUAUUUCCUCUUGCCGCUAUCAACCGUUACACAAGAGUUCUUCAUCUUAAAAUUUACGCGACGAUUUUUAACGACAAGAAGUACAUUUUAUUAUCGAUCGUUGUCGUUACCCUUUGUGCCCUAACCGCCCCUUUGCCGUACCUUCUUCGCGGACACGAAUUCGCUUUCCAUCCAGGAAUGAUGAUUUGUUUUUACACAAUUGCGAACACGCGCGAAAAACAGGCCCUAUAUAGGAUCAUUUUCUUCACUGUGUUACCCAUGGUUGUGGUCACAUUCUGUUACAUUCGCAUUUAUCGCACCGUAAAACGCCACACUAAACGCCUCCAAAACAACAUGGAGACGUCCGCCGCGGCAAACGCUACGAACAAGCUAUCAUCCGAUGAAAUUGUCAUCACAAAAACAUUAUUUGCAAUAGUUUUAGGGUUUUUCGUGUGCUGGACGCCACUUUAUACCAUCACGUCUAUUGACACAGCCUUCGAAGGAUAUCGUUUACCAAGACAAAUCUAUUUUCUUGCCACUUAUUUCGUAGGUUUGAGCAGCAUAGCGAAUCCUAUCAUUUUUGGAUGCAUGAACGCAAGUUUUAGGGAAGAAUGCAAAAACUUGAUUGGUGCUUUGAGGCAGGAACAUACUGAUAGAGUACGAAAUAUUUGACGACCAAAAGUGGUUAUAGAAAGGCAAAAUAGUACCUGAGUCUUUUAAACAUUACGCGAUACAUUAUUUAGCACCUUAACUUAAUUCAUGGGAACGAAAUUAGCUUUGCCUUCAGGAAGAGUGUUUGAAAUUAGGGAAGCUAAAUGAAAAUAUUAAGUUUUGCGAAGUGUUUCCAUCUUAUUCCAAACUUUCCCCUCAUACCAUUCUGUUGUCGACACAAACUGAAAUUGUCUCCAUGAUGAUGAAUUAGAAAGUAUUAGAAAUUGUGUUUCAUUAAAUAUAUACCGAGAAAAUUUACUUGAUUGACGCAGUUUUACAUGAACAAUGAAAACUUGUCAAUUAUUCUUAUACGGAAAACUUGCGGGCCAAUUUUGCAAAGAAUAUUCUAAACAAUUUCCCUGGCGGGUGUUUCUAAGAAGGACAAAUUAGCGAGAACCGAGCGAAAUAAGUCUUCUACUUCUUCCAAAAGCUAGAAUUGCGUCAAUUCUUUCUUUUUUAUCAUUUAUUUAUUUAUUUAUUUAUUUUAUUCGGACUGAGGGGACACUCAAAGACAAGCUUGUAAAAAGAUUUGUCAAUGGAAGGACUUCAUGCGUAACCUCAGGUGCAUAUGUCUCACUGAGGGCUUAAAUGUUAAAAGGAAGCAACU